GUCGUCCUCCUCGCGGCCAUAUUGCCGCUUUUCGGAGUCUUUGCUGCUUUUGGGGGCCUGUGUGUAUUUUCAGGCGACGAAACGGAGACGGCGCCCAGCAGUCGCAGUUCCCGCCGCCGCAACACGCGUGGGCGCGGCUCGGCUACCCCGCGAGGGACCCGCUCAGGGCGGACGGGGUUCCCCCCUCGCCCGCCGCCCCGCAGGUCCGAUGGCGGCGGCCGCGCGGAGGCGCCCGGCUGAGGCCGGCGUGACCCUGGAGGACGUGGCCGUGCGUUUCUCCCGGGAGGAAUGGAGGCUGGUGGAUGAGACACAGAGACGCCUGUAUCUGCAUGUGAUGCUGGAGAACUUUGCACUUGUCUCCUCUCUGGGUUGCUGCUGUGGAGCUGAUGAUGUGGAAGCACCCGGCGAACAGAGGGUUUCUGUGGGAGUGUCGCAGGGGAAGAAUCCCAAGGCAGCCUCGUCUUCCCAGAAGAGACACCCCUGCGAGAGUUGCGGGCCGGUCUUGAGGGACAUUUUCCACUUGGUCGAGCAGCAGGGGACACAGCACAGCCAGAAACUGCUGAGGUGUGGGGCGUGCGCAAAACGGUUUUAUUUCAGUGCAAAGUGUCACCAGCUUAAGGAGCAGCACGUGGUAGGGGAGCCCUUCAGAAGUCGUGUGGACAAGGCCUCAUUCGUGAAGAGCGGCAGCACCCACCUGUCAGGGAAGACCUUGGCCUCUGAGCAGGGUGAGAGGGACUUCCUGCCCAGCUUGGGACAUCAGCAGCCACAGCUUACUCAUAAAGCGAAGGAGCCGAAGGAGGACCCCCAGUGGGAAGCAUCUUCACAGAGCAGAAUAAGUCUUGACCAUCCAGGGAAAUGCAGAAAGGCCUUUAACCCCAAACGCCUGCUUGUUCAGGACCAAGAUGUCUAUAUUGCAAGGAAAUGUUUUGUGUGCAGUGAAUGUGGAAAAAUAUUCAGGUACAAAUCCUCAUUUGUUACUCACUGCCGAGUCCACACUGAAAAAAGUAUUUAUGUGCGUGACAAAGGUGGGAAAACCUUUAGUGGACGCUCAACCCUCAGCCAGCAUCGAAAAAUUGAUACAAGUCAAAGGCAGUCCAAGUGCAGCAAAUGUGGAAAAUCCUUAAGCCACAAACCUGUCCUCGUUCAUACCCAGGAACAACACAAUGGCGAGAACAGUUCUGUGUGCGGUGAAUGUACACUACCGUUUAGUCGUAGUUCAGUGUCCAUGGAAUAUCAGAAAGUUCAAACGCAAGAAAAACCUUAUAAGUGUAAGGACUGUGCAAAAUCGUUUACCUCUCUCGCUGCCCUCAGUUAUCAUCAGAGCUCUCACACAGGAGAAAGACCUUAUGGGUGCAGUGAUUGUGGGAAAUCUUUUAUCUCUAGGUCUGACCUCCGUUACCAUCAGAGAGUUCACACUGGAGAAAGGCCUCAUGAGUGCAGUGAAUGUGGGAAAUCUUUUAUCACCCGUACAGCUCUUCGUUACCAUCAGAGAGUUCACACUGGAGAAAGGCCUUAUGAAUGUAGUGAAUGUGGGAAGUCCUUUACCCGAAGAAAUAACCUCCUUAUACACCUUAGAGUUCAUUCAGGGUACAGGCCUUAUGAGUGUGGUGAAUGUGGGAAAUCUUUUACCUUUAGUUCUAGCCUCCGUUAUCAUCAUAGAGUUCACACUGGAGAAAGGCCUUAUGACUGCAGCGAGUGUGGGAAAUCCUUUAACAAUAGGUGGACACUUGUUAGACACCAGAGGAUUCACACAGGAGAAAAGCCUUACGUUUGCAGCAAUUGUGGCAAAUCUUUUACUUGUAGUUCCACACUUCAGUAUCAUGAGCGAGGCCACCUUGGGAAAAGGCCCUAUGAGUGCAGUGAAUGUGGGAGAUCUUUUACUACUAGCUCUGCCCUCCGUUAUCAUCAGAGUGUUCACACGGGAGAAAGGCCUUAUGAGUGCAGUGAAUGUGGGAAAUCUUUUAUCUCCAGAUCUGACUUCCAGUAUCAUCAGAAAACUCACUCAGGAGAAAGGCCUUAUGAGUGUAAUGAAUGUGGAAAAUCCUUUAUUCGAAGAAAUAACCUCAUUUUACACCAGAGAGUACACACGGGAGAAAGACCUUAUGAGUGUAGUGAAUGUGGGAAAUCUUUUAACAAUAAGUCGACACUGAUUCAACACCGGAGAGUUCACACAGGAGAAAAACCUUAUGUGUGCACUGAAUGUGGAAAAUCCUUUACUUCUAGCUCCACCCUCUCCUAUCAUCUGAGAACUCAUGCGGGAAAAAGGCCUUAUGCAUGUAGUGAAUGUGGGAAAUCAUUUACAUCUAGUUCCACCCUCAAUUACCAUCAGAGAGUUCACACAGGAGAAAGGCCUUAUAAAUGCAGUCAAUGUGGAAAAUCUUUUACUUUUAGUUCGAGCCUCCGUUAUCAUCACAGAGUUCACACUGGAGAGAGGCCAUAUGAGUGCAGUGAAUGUGGGAAAACUUUUAAGGAUAGGUCACAAUUCACUAAACACCAGAGAGGUCACACUGGAGAGAGACCUUAUGAGUGUAAUGAAUGUGGGAAAUCUUUUAGCCACAAAUCUUCCCUCUCAAUACACCAGAAAAUUCAUAAUAGAGAAAGGUCUUAUAAGUGUGGCGAGUGUGGUAAAUCUUUUACCUCUACCUCUGGUCUUGGUUAUCAUCGGAGACUUCACAGGGGAGAAAGGCCAUAUCAGUGCAUUGAAUGUGGGAAGUCUUUUACCAGUAGCUCGAUACUUGUUCGACACCAGAGAGUUCACACAGGAGAAAGGCCUUAUGAGUGUAGUGAAUGUGGGAAAUGUUUUGCCAGUAGUGACACACUUUCUUAUCACCAGAGAGUUCACACAGGAAAAAAGCCUUACAAAUGCAGUCAGUGUGGAAAAUCUUUUGCCUCUGGUUCCACCCUCCGUUAUCAUCAGAGAGUUCACACAGGAGAAAGGCCUUAUGAGUGCAGUGAAUGUGGGAAAUCUUUUAUCUGUAGUUCCAAACUUCGUUAUCAUCAUCGAGUUCACACUGGUGAAAGGCCUUAUGAAUGCAGUGAAUGUGGAAAACUGUUUAGGGAUAGUUCCCAAUUCAGUCAACACCGGAGAGGUCACACUGGAGAAAGACCUUAUGAGUGCAAUGAAUGUGGGAAACUUUUUAUACGAAAAUCUACACUCUCUCAACAUCAGAGAGUUCACGUGAGGGAAAGGCCUUAGAAGUGCUAGACGGGCAAUUUUCUGUUCAGUGUAAAAGCCCUGGAGGAAAUUCUUUCAGAACUCAUUUGUGUAAAUUGAGACCCAUACGUCUGAAUAUGUACAGUGGAUAGAUUCCCUGUAAGUUGCAUUUAUGAGAAGCCUGUGUAAAUACGUUACACUCUCUGAUUGGCCGGGGCUCUUCCUAGGUUUAUGUGGCUAAAGAUCUUUAACCUUUCCCACUGGCAUGUCCUUAGAAUUUUUGCAAUAGUCAAUGGCCUAAUGUGUUCAGGGAAGCUGACCUCUGGUUUCAUAUAUUGUAGAAAUCUAGGAAUAACCAAACCCUCAGUGGUCAGCUUUCCCUUUAUGACUAAUUUGGACAUGGAUUUCCGUGAAUGUCCUGACUUCUGCUUCAAGCUUACAGAGAAAUGACUGCCGGUUCCAGGGAUGUGUUGGUCUCACAUGACACUUGUGAUGGAAUUUACCGGCUUCCAGUUCAUGGAUUUGGAAGUGCCUAUUGCUCAUUGCUUUGCCUUGUGAAAUAGUCGAGGCCUUAUGUUUUCUUUGUUGUUAUUCCUCAACGGAGAGUAUUUUUUCUAUUGGAUUUUAGAGAAAGUGGAAGGGAAGGUGAGAGACAGAAACAUCAGUGUGAGACAGAUUGGAUGGGUUGACUCCCACACAUAUUCCAAUCAGGUGCCAGGGACUAAACUUACAACCCAGGUACAUGCCGUUGACUAGGAUCAACCUGCGAUAAUUCAGUAUGUGGGCCCAUGCUCUAACCAUUGAGUCAUACCUGCAAGGGGAAAAAGACAUAUUUAAUAUGGGAAACCAAAAUCAGGGAAUUAUGCUCUCCUCUCUUUUUAUGUCUAAAAUGUUCUUUGGGUAAACAUAAAGUUAGGAAAACUUAGAGAUGAUUUCUAUUUAAUUAAAGUGCUAACAUCCUCAUAAAGUUUUGUAGAAUGCAGACAUGUCUCAACAGCUCAUAAAAUAAUUGAAUUAGACCAAAAUCAUCAACCAAUUACUUCAACCAAAUAUAUUCAAUGACAGCCAGCAGAGUAGACAAAAUUUCAAUGGGUAAAAAUGAUAUUGGAUGAAAAACCUUUUAACAGUUAAACUCACUAUGCAACGUUCACAACACAAAAAUGACACUGAUACUUCAUAGCAUCUGUGCCUAAAGCAAUCAAAAAGUCUAAGCUCUGCCUGUGCACCAGUGUGGCUAGAAUCAAGGAGGAUUUGAUCUAAUGCCUUUGGCUCCAACUACAUAUUUAUUGCAAACAAAGGAGUACAAGUUAAGGACAUCAAAGGUGUGCCAUACACUCGUUCCGGGAAGACAAGUGUUUGGUUCCAGAACAACUGUAAUAAAGCCAGUCACACAGGUUUAAUGGUUCACCGUGCACAUAAAAAUUACGUUUACACUCUACAUCACUGUAGUCUGUGAAAAGUGCGAUACCAUUGUUUUCAAACAAUAAUGUACAUAAUUUAAGAAAACAUUUGUGUUGUCCAAGCCAGCGUGGUACAGUGGUUUGAGCAUCGACCUAUGCACCAGAAAGGUAGCAGGUUUGAUUCCAGGUCAAGGUCAGGUACCUGGGUUGCAGGUUCCAUCCCCAGUCGCCAAUGAGGCGUUUGGGGGAAGCAAUCCCUAUGUCUCAUGCUGAUGGUCCUCUCUUUUUUCCCUCCUCCCAACCUUCCACUCUCAAAACCAAUGGAAAAAAUAUCAUCCAGUGAGGAUUUUUUUUUUUAUUAUGAGAAAUACUAAAGCAAAGUAUGCCAGGAGUAGAAAAAUGUCAAAACAUUUCCCAGAUAUUAUAAAAACCUUACUCCAUUGUGGGUCGACUCACAGCCCUGGUCACUUGCACCUGGCAAUGAUACAACUCUUACAAUUCAACAAAAGGAAGAUAAUUCAAUUAAAAAAAAAAUGGGCAAGGAACCUAAAUAGACAUUUAUCCCAAGAUGAUGUACAGAUGACCGAUAUCUUAUAUAAUAAAAAGCUAAUACGCAAAUAGACUGAAUGGCAGAACAAUGGGUCACCAUGAUGGGAGCUGACUACCAGGGGGCGCAUGCCGAGCAUGGCAGGCGUUGGCUGCGGCGGGAUGGUGGAGCAGGUGAGCAGUUGUGCCAGACCAAGAUGGGGCGCUGGUCAUGCGCAUCAGGGCGAGCCUCUGGUGGUUACUGAAAAUUCUUUGCUCCUGCACGCCACGGCCCCCUUGCAGCCACUGCUGGCCCCAAUCGCCUCUGAGGGCUUCUCCAUCUUCCCCUGCUCCUGAAGGGCGAUCGGGCCCAUCGGCUGCUGUUCGCAACCGCAGCUGGCAAUGGCCCCACUUGCACCUGCUGCCAGUGCCACCUGCAGGUGUGAGCGAGGCUGGCAGCAGGAGUGGGACUGCAGCGGGAAGGGCUGGGCAGGGGCACGGAGAAUGGGCUGAGACCUGGUCCUGUGCCCACUGCAGCCUCAUGGCCCACAGUUCCUUUUAAGGUGCACAGAUUUGUGCACUGGGGCCCUAGUAUGUACAUGAAAAAGUGGUCCAGGUCAAUAUAAUGAAGUAUUACCUCACACCUACUAGACUGGCCGCUUUGAAUAAAUCAGAACAAGUGCUGGUGAGGAGACAGACAAGAGGGACCUUGGUGCUCUGCUGCUGGGAAUGCACACGGUGCAGUCAUGUGGAAGGAGGAUGGAGUUCCUUCAAAGAAACUAAAAAUGGAACUGCUGUUUCACCCAGCAAUCCUAUUUCUGGGGAUGCUUCCUAAGAACCCUGAAACAUAGGAAAGAAUAUAUGCACCUCUGUGUUCAUCGCAGCAGCAUUUACAAUAGUUAAGAUCUGGAAGCAGCCCAAGUGCCCACCAGUGGAUGAGUGAGUUAGAAAGCUGUGAUGUAUUUACACAAUGGAAUACGAUGGGGCUGUGAAACAGAUCUCUUCCCAGCAUAGACGGACCUGGAGAUUAUGAUGCUCAGAGAAAUAAGCAGUUAAAGGCAAAUGUCACAUGAUCUUGCUUAUCUGUGGGAUCUGAUGAACAAACUGAGGCACAGUUCGACAUCUUAGAAUAAGGGUGCGGGUAGAGGUGGGGCAGGGUGGAGGGUCUACAGGGGUGUAUGGGAGACAUCUGUUAUGCUGUCAACAAUAACAAAUAAAAUAUAAAAAUAGUCUCCAGCACACGGCUUCUGGCACAGUGAUUAUAGGCCUGCUCUGACACUCCAGGGAAGCUCCUGGAAUAAGAUCAUUUUUCAGGUGUGUUUUUUGGGGGGAACAUCUUCCAGUUGUAGUAAAAUCUCUUGCCCUGGAUGCUCAGUGGAUAGAGCAUCGGCCUGCAGACUGAAGGGUCCCGGGUUCGAUUCUGGUCAAGGGCACAUGCCCAGGUUGUGGGCGCCACCCCCAGUGGGAGGUGUUCAGGAGGCAGCCGGUCAAUGGUUCUCUCAUCAUCGAUGUUUCUCUCCCCCGCUCCCUCACUGAAAUCAAUAAAAAUGUGUUUUUUAAAACUCUUUCUCCUUUCCCUUAAAUUUAAGCUCUUAAAUUCCUCAGGAUUCCAUACCUGUUCUUCCUGGGUGCUGCUGUUUUUAUAUUUUCACACCUGUCUCCUGUAAUUUACUGAAACUUAAAAUAUUUCUUUUUAAUCUACUGGCUACUCCUUCCACAAAGGCUUUGCACAGCCUGCCUGAGAACACCCUUCCAUAUUCACUGACGUAUAACAAAAUGAAGUGAGAAUCUGAAGCAGAUAUAAUUAGCAAAGUCCCCCUCCUGCACCCUCCCUCUUAAGCCUGAUCCCUCUCCAUAGAGAAACGCUGGUAUCAGCCUCAUAUUGUCAAGUGAAUUACUUUGUCAAUGAACAGUAAGCUGUGAAGUGAGCCUCACACCCGUGUCUGUGUGACUGGGACCACGACUCCUUGGUGCCUGCUCUGUUGUGUCUCCUCAAACCCCACAGUGAGCCUAGCCAGUUUGCCUCAGUGGAUAAGAGCGUUGGCCCAUGGACUGAAGGGUCCCAGGUUCGAUUCUGUCAAGGGCACAUGCUCGGGUUGCAGGCUCGAUCCCCUGUCGGGGGCAUGCAGGAGGCAGCUGAUCAAUGAUUCUC